CGUCGGACCGCGCCGCGCUGGGGGACCGGGAGCGGACGGACCGCGGCGGGAGCGGGGCCGGCUGGGCGGCCGGCUGCCAUGUACGCGGGGCUGCAGGAGCUGGGGGUGGCCAACGGCGAGGAUCUCAAGGAGACGUUGACCAACUGCACGGAGCCGCUGAAGGCCAUCGAGCAGUUCCAGACAGAAAAUGGGGUCCUGCUGCCCUCGCUGCAGUCGGCCCUGCCCUUCCUGGACCUGCACGGCACCCCCCGGCUGGAGUUCCACCAGUCGGUGUUCGACGAGCUGAGGGAGAAACUGCUGGAGCGAAUCUCAGCCAUCGCCUUGGAAGGGAAGGUGGAGGAAAGGUACAAGAAGCUGGAAGAUCUCCUGGAGAAAAGCUUUUCCUUGGUCAAGAUGCCGUCCAUACAGCCUGUGGUAAUGUGUGUCAUGAAGCACUUGCCCAAGGUGCCUGAGAAGAAGCUGAAGUUAGUAAUGGCUGACAAGGAUUUGUAUAAAGCAUGUGCAGUGGAGGUGAAGCGCCAGAUUUGGCAGGAUAACCAGGCUCUGUUUGGUGAUGAAGUAUCUCCACUGCUGAAGCAAUAUAUCUUGGAGAAAGAAAAUAUUCUCUUCAGCAACGAUAUUUCUGUCCUGCACAACUUCUUCAGUCCAUCUCCCAAAGCAAGACGUCAGGGAGAGGUGGUUCAGAAGCUGACUCAGAUGAUUGGGAAGAACGUGAAGCUCUACGACAUGGUGUUGCAGUUCUUGAGAACCUUGUUCCUCCGGACAAGGAAUGUGCAUUACUGCACGCUGCGGGCAGAGCUCCUGAUGUCACUGCAUGACCUGGAAAUCAGUGAAAUCUGCACUGUUGACCCUUGUCAUAAGUUCACGUGGUGCCUUGAUGCCUGCAUUCGGGAGAAGUUUGUGGACAACAAGAGAGCUCGGGAAUUGCAAGGCUUUCUGGAUGGAGUGAAGAAAGGACAAGAGCAAGUUCUGGGGGACUUGUCGAUGAUCUUGUGUGAUCCCUUUGCCAUUAACACCUUAGCCCUGAGCACCAUCAGGCACCUGCAGGACCUCGUUGGGCAGGACACCUUACCCAGGGAAAGCCCAGAUCUGCUGCUGCUCCUUAGGAUGCUGUCUUUAGGACAGGGAGCCUGGGACAUGAUUGACAGUCAAGUCUUCAAGGAACCAAAAAUGGAAGCUGAAUUGAUUACAAAGUUCUUGCCUAUGCUGAUGUCCUUUGUGGUGGAUGAUCACACAUUCAAUGUAGAUCAGAAGCUGCCCUCGGAGGAAAAGGGGCCGAUUCCCUACCCCAGCACCAUUCCUGAGGCUUUCACCAAAUUCUUGCAGGAGAACAGAAUAGCUUGUGAGAUUGGGCUGUAUUAUAUCCUUCACAUAACAAAACAGAGAAACAAGAAUGCUUUCCUCAGGCUCCUGCCAGCACUAGUUGAGACGUUCAGUGACUUGGCCUUCAGUGAUAUAUUUCUGCAUCUGCUCACUGGUAACCUCACACUGCUGGGUGAUGAAUUUGCAGUUGAAGAAUUCUGCACCGGUCUCUUCGAUGGCUUCUUUCUCACUGCAUGCUCAAGAAAGGAGAAUGUACACAGACAUGUACUGAGAUUGCUGCUUCAUCUGCAUCACAAAGUGGCGCCUGCCAAAUUAGAGUCUCUCCAGAAGGCUUUGGAACCCACCAAACAGAGUGGGGAGGCUGUGAAGGAGCUUCAUAACCAGCUCACUGAGAAACUGGAGCUUCGCAAGCCCAGUCCUGCCGAAGUGACCGAGACUCCCUCCAUGGAGCUGCCCUUGCCCACCGUGCCCACACCAGCCUCACGCUGAGCUGUUUGUAUUGCAGGAGUGAGACAGCAAAACGGGCCUCGUGCUCAGCAGCCUGAGGGCGCUGUCCUGCCUUGUCAACGGCUGCCCGCAGGGUGGAAGCAAAGAACAGCCACUCAAAAAGCUCUCUGGGGAAACGCUGCGGUUUACCCAACUGUCUCUUGCUGGUUAGAAAACUCUGUAUGCAGUGCAUUGCAGAGGUUUACUUUUCUUAAAGGUAGCUGAGUGAGUGUCUUGUAGAUCUACUUACAACUGACUGUACAAUUUUUUUUUUUUUUUUUGAAAAAGAAAAGGCAUAUUUUUAAGCUUUGCAUCUUGUAUUCUUUAUUUCAGGAACUUACAACUGGCUGUCUAAUACAUGGCUGAGCAGAUAGUGUGAGCUCCUCAAGGCUAACCUGGUUUUUCCUGCCUGUUAGUGGGCUCCUCUGGGCCUUUAGAGGAUAUACUCAGCAAACAAAUGUCAGAGGAGAUAAGCUCCACUGAUGUGAUUUCCUGUUUCUGUUUCUAGCUGUUUACUUCAUGGUAAAACAUGCUGCAUUAGUGAGGGAUGUCCACCACUGUCACCAGACCAAGAAACAAUGAUCUUGUGAAGAACAUCAGAAACUGAAUCAGUCCCCCGCUUUCCUUUCUCUCCCACUUUUUCCAAAGAAAGAGCUUGAAAUGAAUCUUGGCUCCAGUGAAGUAAGACCUGAAUGCUGGUAGGGUUUGGUGUAGGAAGGGUGAAAUCGUGACUGAAAGAAUAGCCUGUUCUCAGUGGCUUAUCUGUGUUUGCUGUCUGUACUGUUGCAGUUAAUUCCUGUUGUGCUUUUACUGUUGCCUCAGUGUAAAUAUCAGGCAGAGUAUGCAGGAAGAUGGAUUUGGUGAGUUGUGUGAGCUUUACAAGUGACGUUGCGUUGGUCUCAGCCCAUACAAUAUAUGUAAAAUCUCAUCAGUCCUCUGUAAACAGGAAGUUGCCUGCAGGAGGGAUUCUGAAUUGCAGGCUAACGCAGGUAUGAAGGCACUUCUGAGGGUCUCUGCUUACCCUCUCACUCAGACCAGGGCUUACCCAGAAAAGGUUGCUUAAGGGCAGAACUUUGUAUUUACCGUUAAGUUUCCUGAGCCUUCUGUUAGGCCAUUUCUCCAGCCCACUGAGGUUCCUCUGGCAGCCCUGCCCAGUGUGUCAGCCAUUCCCACAGUUUGGUACCAUGUGUAAAUUUGCUGAGGGUGUGUUCUGUCUUUGGGUUGUGAAUAGAGGCAUUAAACAAUGCUAGCCUCGUUACAGACCCCUGAGGAAUGUUAGGAGUAACUGGCUGCCAGUUGGACUUUGUGCUGUUGAUCUCAACUCUCUGGGACUGGAGUCUUGCCAGUUUUCCUAUGCAGCUAUCUGAUGCACAGCAAAAUGAUUUGGCUAUAUGUGUUCUUCAGACAAUUGUGUCCAGAGCCAUCUGAAGUCAAGCUAAACUGCUCUGCUCUCCUCUUGUCUGCCAAGCCAAUCUUCUUAGAAAGUUAUCAGAGUUUUCAGGCACUGUUAACUGUGCUGAUCAUGCUGUCACUGUCUUGUCCCUUUAUUUUCCCAGCACUAAUUAUUUUCGUGGGGCUCGAGCAUUUCUGGUGCCAAGCCAUAUCAUGAGACUUUUCCAUUUCCUGAAGCUGAAUGGAAAAAAAAAAAAAGAGAUAAUUGAGCAAAGAUGGAAAUCCCUCCGAGAAGCUGCUGAACUCCCUUUGUGUAGCUUUCUUCCUCCCAAGAUCUCAAGUGCUGCGUGAGGAAAGCAAGUACUCUUCACUGCCUCAGUGCCUUGUUUUCCAUUUGUGAGGUUAUCUGUGUCUUUUGGGAAAACUGGGAAGACAGCAUGGGUCUGUGAGCGAGGAAGGGGUGCUGCCUUCUCAUCCCUGCUGCCUUUGCACUCCUUGUCUCCUGGGCUCAGCAUUGCCUUUGUGGAGCCUGGGCAGCUCUUGCUGGCAGACUCCUGAUGCUGAACUUGCUGGAAACAGGAACUGCUUGUAACAAUCAGUAUUUUCUUGCAAAGCUUGGUUUUUAAACCAUUUAAACUGACAUAACUUACACAGAGCAGCAUCCCACACUGCUUGGAAACCUCUCACUAUUAACUCCCUCCAAGCUGUGUUCUGCUCAGCCCCGGGGUCCGUAGCUUUGUGUGCAGGUUCUCUUUGUCACUGGAGUCUUCCCAUGCACUGCAGCCUGAUUUGCUACUCUCUGGCAGCACGAACUUGUUUUAAUUCAGGCUGACUGAGCAAUGUGCAGUUCAGUAGGAAGACCUCUUGUGUUUUACCCUGUGUUGACAGUGCUGGGGAUUAUUUUUUACAGCCUUUAAGAUCUACAGAGGUGGCACAAAGCAAUUGAGUCCUGGAGCAUGUACUGAUGAUUUCCUGUGCUAAUUGAUGCUUCAGCUGAGAGAUCAGUGGGCAGGGGAGAAUGGGAAUGGCUGCCACUCUGCACUCUGACUUGCUUUCUUCUGAAAAGAUGUGAUAAAUUAGCAGAAACAUCUCUCAGAAAAUACUUUUUUCAGAAGUGACCAUCCCAGUCCGUGGGCAUUCAUGGAGAUGAGAGUGCUUUGACUCCCAGCAAUUAUACAGGCUGCUGCUUUUGUGUCAGCUCGCGCUGCCCCGUGCUGUAACUGCCUGCUGAGGUACAACCGAACGGUGUGGAAGAAUUACGUAUUCUUUUCCUCUUUGCCUUUUCUUAAUGCCCCACGUGCGGCCCUUGGUAACGAGGUGCGGCGCAGUGGCGCGCAGUGCAAUGGCGUGCAGUGCAGGGUUUGCUCGCUAGGGGGCAGUGCACCACUGAGCGCCUGCCUCCAGCGCCGCUGCCUGAAAUGCUCCCAGCUGGCGCGGAGCGGGGCGCUGGGGCUGCCUGCCCUGUGUUGACACUCGCGUUACGGUUUGUCUUUACAGCGGGGAUGUGAUACCUGUGGGAUGGAAAAAUAGCGUAUUCUCACCAAGCCUGCUGUGUGACUCGAGGAUGAAUUUUUUGCAAUGAAUUCUAAUUAGCUUAAGCAAUCUGGUCCUCUCUGUGUGUUUUUCCGGAGAGAUCAUGGUAACUAAUAGCCCUGAGAGGUUCUCCAGGCUUUUUGGAUGGUUAACAUUUAACUGAAAUUCAUGUUGAGCUUUGAAGCAACUCAUUUGGAUUGAGGUACAUUAGCAGAUUGACAGAGAACUGGAACUGCAGUAUUGUAGUUGAUGGGAGUAGCUCCAAAAUUUGGUUACUGAGGCCAAUGCUAGCAGAAGAAUCAGGUCUGGGUUAUGUAGAAUUAGUGGAAAAAAAAUGUUUAUAAUGGUAUAAUUUACUUCUGAAGGACCUGAUACCAAAAGCAUGGCACAGCAUCAUUUCACAUCACCCAGAUUCCACCUGACACGAUGAUUUGAUGCAGGAAAUCUCUUUGUGGACUGAAGUAAAAGAGGCUGAACAAAUCUGCUUGGACAGAAAGCACAUGAAGAUCCCCCUGGAUAAACACCAGUUGUUCAGGUGGCUGGUGUGGCACAGCAGUUCCUGCAGGAAGGAAUCAGGCACAUUCCUGACCAGUACCACAUCAGAGAGCAGGUAUGAAAAUGGACUGAAGUGAUACUGGUAAGAAAAGCUAAUGAAUGAUAAAUACAAAUCACAGAAUUUCCUCUUGCAAGCAUUUAAAACUUAAAAUGAUUGUAUUUUCUGAUCUUAAUGAUUUUGACAGCCAUGGGACCACAGGGAAACACCUGUUGGGUUUACAUACUGUGUUCUUCACUACCUCCUCUGCUGUACCUGCAGCACCUGGGCACGCUGCUGUUGGGCUGGACCUGCACUGCUGCUUCUGCACAUGCCCUUCCUUGCCUUCCUCUCCUUUUGGUGUCCUGCUUCUCUGGAUCUCUCCAUGGCUGGGUAACAGCCUGAUAUCUGCCUGAUAACGUCUCUUUUUGGAGGAGGCCAUGCCCUGUGCUUGGCACAAACCCUUCCCUGACCAGCACUAGCUUGAGGACCACGCAGGCAGGAAGAAAAUGUGGUUCUUGCUGAUGCUGUUUCAGUGCCUGGGCAACAUCUACCAAAGUUCCUCUAGGCUGGAAUGUGCUCUGAAAGAACGGGAGCAUUUUACGAGGUGUUGCAGUAGAUAUUCCACUGUGUCCUUACUAUGAAAGCUCUGAAUUUCCAUGGAGAUCCUUCCAGUUCAGGCAUUGAAAGCCUGGCACCUUGAUGAGGGAUGGUGAAUGUCCACCAGUGCCUUCAAUAGAACUCUACAAAAAAUCCAGAUGGGAGCAAUUCCAUUGUAUCAUUUACCUCCCAUAGAAGGAAGCUUAUUGUUCAAAAAGAGGGCAGUAUUCUGACAGCCUUCAGUGCCGGAGUUACAGGAGUUACAUCCUGCACUUGUGAAUUAAACCUUAGCUGGUGGUAAAGAAUUGUGAAACCGACCUCCUAGAGGGCACUGACUGCCAACUUUGGCUUUCCAACCCAAUGACAAUAUUUCUCACAUCGAACCACAGAACUCACAGCUGGGACCAUUGUAAGGGUGGGCCCUGUUAGGCUCCAGGGAUAAAAACUGAUGGGGACCCAGCAGUUCAAGCUGUGCAUCUUUGUGUGUGUGAAUGCUGAAAGCCUCUGCUUGCUGGCAGAACACCCUGUUCUGCCUCAGUGCUGCAGGCACUUUGAAAAGUGGUCGGGAGUGGUGGGUUGUGGUGCAGAUGGCUGGAAGGAGCCGGGCAUUUAGCUGAGUGACAGAAAGUCUGCAGCAGAUGCCAGGAGGCAGAAACUUAUUCCUCUCCAAGAUGCUGCUGGAUGGUUUGGGCUUCCCAGUCACCUGUUGUGGAGAGGGGAAGACUCCUGGGUGCACAGACAGUACUUGAGUGCACUAAAUGUAACUUACCUCUCACCCUGCGUUGUGCCUUGGCUGAAGGGCAGCACUGGGCUGUGGGGCAGAGCUGUGCCUGUAGCUGUGCUGGGGAUCUCCCAGAGGCAGGGAGAGGUCUGUGUGACAGGGUGAUGUGGAUGGCUUCUUGCAAUAUUGAUAGAUCCAGGGGGGUGUAAAGCAGGAAUGGAGGGCAGCUCCAUCCCAAGGCAGGUCACCGUGCUGAGGACUCCUCAGGCAGGGUUUCAGCUCCGUGUUUGCUGCCAUCUGAGCCUUUCUUGGGCAUCCUCUGCAGUCUUUGCAUUGAGCAGCACCCCAGAAGUGAACAUCGGUGUCUUCCCCUUGUUCUCCAGGUCCCGUUGAUGUCAGUUCUGUGACAAGGGAACAAGAAAGAUUCCUGUAUCUGUCCUCGAGUCAAACAGAGCUGUUUCUGGUUCCCGUGUUGUCAUAGAAAAGAAGUCCAGAGCUCAAAAGAUGGUUAUUUUGGAGCUCUGUAUUUUGUUUUUCUUUCCUUUAGCAUCCAUUUGCUGUACCAAAGCUCUGUUGGCUGAUCAGGGUUGGCAGAACUUGUAAGUGGUGAAAUGUUAAUAAAUCCUGGCGAUGAGUCAUUAGCAUACAAAGCAAUCCGAUGACUCAGAACACAAGGUUUUUAUUAUCGUUUUUUCAAGCACACAUAUAGGUAGGAGCAAUUAAAAAUCUUGGGAAGAAAUCUGUCUCAGAGCAUCUGUUUGUGUUUUGUGAAGGCUGUGGAAGAUGCUGACAAACGGGGUGGUGCUCAU